GCUGGGCGUGGGCAGUAAGAGCCUGCAGCUCUCUCUCUCUCUCUCUCUCUCUCUUCCUUUCAGCAUUGUUCACGGCGGACUCACUCACUCUCACACAACCGCUGUAGUAGUGAUACAGUAUCGAGUAAAGACAAGCCGGCUGGAUGUUUUUCAAUCAUUUUGACCCGUUUUAACCACCAGACUUGAGGAGCGGCGGACAUCUGUGAUUAACGCACCUUCUCUACGCGUUUUAAAAUUGUAUUAUUUAAUUAAGUAGCCUGACUGCUGAGGAGAAUCUCUGGCAAAUUGGAGCACUGCUUGCCGGCAGAGCAGCUGAAGAGGAGCAGAGAGGAUGACUGAGUAUAAGCUGGUGGUGGUGGGCGCUGGAGGCGUAGGCAAGAGCGCUCUCACCAUCCAACUCAUCCAGAACCACUUUGUGGAUGAAUAUGACCCUACCAUAGAGGACUCAUACAGAAAGCAAGUGGUGAUUGAUGGUGAGACAUGUCUGCUGGACAUCCUGGACACAGCAGGUCAGGAGGAGUACAGUGCCAUGAGGGACCAGUACAUGAGGACAGGAGAGGGCUUCCUCUGUGUGUUUGCCAUAAAUAACACCAAGUCGUUUGAAGACAUUCAUCAGUACAGAGAACAGAUCAAACGGGUAAAAGACUCAGAUGACGUGCCAAUGGUGCUUGUGGGAAAUAAAUGUGACCUCCCAGCUCGCACAGUGGAUACACGGCAAGCGCAGGAUCUAGCACGCAGUUACGGCAUCCCAUACAUUGAGACCUCAGCCAAGACCAGACAGGGAGUGGAAGAUGCCUUCUACACACUGGUACGGGAGAUCCGACAGCACAAGCUGAGGAAACUUAGUCCCCCCGACGAAAGUGGACAGGACUGCUUGAACUGUCGCUGUGUUGUGUCGUGAUUAAAGUUGACCUCGUAGAGUUGAGUAGUGGACCUAUGGCUCAUAAGGCAGAGUGAACUACCCAGUGAGGAUUACAGACUGAAUUUAUAAGCAAAGGCACUGACUGUGACACAGGCAUUUCAGGGAACAAGGUGCCUUGCUUCGACUACAGACUAUCCACAUCUGCCUGACAAAACACCACUAAUGACUUUUUUUAAUCUUUACACCUUAAUGUCAGUGUGCUAAUACCGGGCAGCUCCUUGGAUUUCAUCUAAUUUAUUAUACACAUAAGUCUCAACACUGGCUUUUACAUGGAAGUCAGAUCUCUUGUGAUGAUCUUAAUCACAAAUAACUGUUCUGCUCAUAUGGUCUUGACACUAAUGACCUCAUCACAGAAGAUGUUUUUUCUGUUUAUCAAUGAGAAAAUCAUGCAGGUCUACGAGGAUUCAUUCAGCUGCAGAGAGAAUGAAUCAACAUUCCAUGCAGGAAUUUCUCUUCCUCUCUCAACAGUUAGCUGUAUUUGUUCUGCUUAACAUGCUGUUUAACAUGUACUUUUGUAAAUAUGGGCUUUGGGCUGAUAACUAUGGGAACUGUACAUUGCUGCCACCCCACAUACUGUAUGUGUGAUAAUAAAUGGUGUGUAUGUGUUUUACAAGAGAAA